AUGUCGAAUCUCGAUAACGUCAGCGUGAUAAUAGUAGGUGCCGGAUUUGGAGGCCUCACCACCGCAAUAGAAUUGAGGCGGAAGGGGGCAUCUGUCCUGGUCUUUGAGAGCACCAAAACACUUACUGAGCAAGGUGACACCAUUCAAAUACCUUCGAACGCAUCCAAGAUUUUGGCCAAAUGGGGAAAUGUACUGGCAAAAGUUGCGGAAGAUUCAGCCCGACCGAAAUUCCUAGAAUGUCAGAACUCCCAAGGAGAGCUCCUUAACAAACAGGUUCUGCCUCUGAAUUAUGACGGCUUCCCCAUCAUUUACCCCAGCCGUGGUCGUGCGCACCGAAUCAUUUUUGACUACGCAAAAUCGAUAGGUGUUGAAGUUUGCUUCGGUGUUCGCAUAUCUCGAUAUUUUGAAGACGAGCAUGAAGCCGGGGUCUAUUCUGGGGAUCAGAAGUUCACUGCAGAUGCAGUGAUAGCAGCAGAUGGAGUGCAUAGUAAAGCUAGGUCUUUGGUCAACAAAAGCCCCGAAAAUUCCAAGUCAAGUGGCUUUGCAGCAUACCGCUGCUGGUUUCCAGUUGAAGCUUUGCCCAAAUCCCCUCUACUUGGCGACAUCAUCAAUGCAAAAGAAGAUCGAUAUUGGACUUGGAUUGGGCCAGACGUUCACGCACUCGUCAUGACCAACGUGAAAUUACAGUGGUUGGCAUGUUUCUGUACGCACAGGGACACUUACACAGCGGAGGAGUCGUGGAGCUUUCCAGGCAAGAAAGAGGACUUGUUGAAAGUGGUUGAAGGGUGGGACGAAAAACUGAGAACGAUUUUCGAAUCAAUACCGCCUGAGAAGCUGAUCGACUGGAAGCUACUUUGGAGGGACCCUGCCUCAUCCUGGGUCUCCAAACAUGGUAGGAUCGCUCUGGUGGGUGAUGCAGCUCAUCCACACCUUCCUAGUUCUGGUCAGGGUGCGGCCCAAGCAAUUGAGGAUGGUGCAACCGUAGGAGCUGUGCUUGACCGGGCUGGCAAGGAGAAUACUGCUCUUGGGCUGCGUGCAUACGAAAAGAUCCGUUUCACUCGUACAAAUCUAACUCAACGCAUGGGUUGGGAAUUGCGCCAUCUCUGGCAUCGAACCGAUUGGGAAGCUGUGAAGAAAGAUCCGAAGAUCCUGGACUUCAGGCAGCCGUACUGGUUGUUUGGUGGGGAUCCUGAAGCCUAUGCUUAUCAGUCCUUUGACGAAGUGGCUGACUGCAUAAGAAACAACCGGGACUUCGUGCCAAAGAAUGUUCCUGACGGGUAUCGGCAUAAGAAUUGGACGAUGGAGGAUGUUAUAGAUCUAGAUGGGAGCAAUUUUGUGGUUUAUGAUUAA